AUGGGAAGAGUUAUAAGAGGCCAAAGGAAGGGUAGAGGCUCUAUUUUCAAGUCUCAUAAUCAUCAUAGAAAAGGCGCAGCAAAAUUACGCCACUUAGAUUAUUGUGAAAAAAAAGGAUAUAUAAAGGGGUUAGUAAAAGAUAUCAUACAUGAUCCAGGAAGAGGUGCUCCUUUAGCUAAAGUAUUAUUUAAAAGAACUGAGAAAUAUGGAAAGAAAGAAGAAUUAAUUAUAGCUUCAGAAGGUAUGUUUACUGGUCAAUAUAUUUCUUGUGGUACUAAAGCUCCUUUAUCAGUAGGUAAUAUUUUACCUAUAGGUAAAAUGCCUGAAGGUACCUUAAUAUGUAAUUUAGAACAUAGAACUGGAAAUAGAGGAACCUUAGUUAAAGCUUCUGGAUGUUAUGCUACUGUUGUAGGUCAAUCAGAAGAUGGAAAGAAAACUAAAGUUAGAUUACCAUCAGGAGCUAAAAAAACCAUCGACGCUAAAGCUAGAGCUAUGGUAGGUGUUGUUGGAGCAGGUGGACGUAUUGAUAAACCUAUAUUAAAAGCUGGUGUUGCUCACCACAAAUACAGAGUCAAGAGAAAUUGCUGGCCUAAGGUUAGAGGUGUGGCUAUGAACCCUGUAGAACAUCCUCAUGGAGGUGGUAACCAUCAACACAUUGGUCAUCCAUCUACAGUUUCUAGAAGCGCACCUGCAGGACAAAAAGUUGGUUUGAUUGCUGCCAGAAGAACAGGUUUAUUAAGAGGUGCAAAGAAAACAAAACUUGUUGGAAAAUCUGAAGAAUGA